AUGCCUGACGGGCGCUUCGAGCACAUCCACGUUGACCUGGUGAAACUCCCCCUUACCAAGGGCUUUCAGUACUGUCUAACCAUUAUAGAUGGAUUCACCAGGUGGCCGGUCGCCGUUCCCGUUCCCGACCAACAAGCAGCGACCGUUGCCAAGGCCCUGUACGAUAGCUGGAUCGCCUGCUUCGGAACGCCUUUGACCAUCACUUCGGACCAGGGAGCUCAGUUCAAGUCAGCGUUAUUCACCGAGCUUGCCAAGAUGAUUGGCCCGAGUCGCAUAAGGACGACGCCCUAUCACCCGCAGUCAAACGGAAUGGUAGAACGUUUUCAUCGUUCUUUCAAGGUAGGCCUGAUGUGCUGUCCGGACGUCCCAUGGCCCGACGCACUUCCUUCGGUGCUCUUGGGCCUCCGAACCUCGUUCAAGGAGGACCUCCAAGCAUCUCCGGCCGAGAUGCUCUACGGCACGACCCUCAGGGUGCCCGGUGAUUUUUUCACCGCCCAGAGCCACCCGGACGUCAACCCGCCGUCCUUCGUCCAAGGCCUUCGACGCCUCACAUAG